AUGCAGAAAAUCCAAAUCAUUUUCUUGGUUUACUUUUUUGUUGCAGCAAUGACAGAUUCUGAACCACCAUCCACGGAAGCAAAAGUGUAUAUUGUUCAUACUGAAAAUCCUCAAGAUCAACAACCUGAGGAGUUUCAUAUCAAGACCUUAGCUUCUGUUCUUGGCAGUGAGGAUGCUGCAAAGGAGGCUUUGAUUUACAGUUACAAGCAUGCGGCUAGUGGAUUCGCUGCCAAGCUGACUCCUGAGCAGGUUUCUGAGCUUGCAAAAAAACCUGGGGUCUUGCAAAUUGUCCCAAGCAAAACCCUCCAUUUACAUGGACCGGAGCGUAUGUGA